UGUGACUUUCUGCCUCAAGAAGUACAGGGAUGCAACAUCAAAUGGGUUCUUAUAUGCUCUCUGUGAUGGAAGCUCUUCUUAUGUUUUCGUGGAUGCGUUGUCCUUUGCGGAUUUCCAAUUCGGGUGAAUGAGAUUAAGGUGGUCCUUGGUGUUCACCAUCCAAAUAGCAGAUUUUGCAAGGCUUCACCUGGUGAACCCUACUUCCUCCUCUUUAUCAGGGUAUGGUUGAGGAACUAAAAGCAAUGGAGCUCACCGCAA